AUGGAGACGCUGCUUGAAGACACGGCUGCUCUCGGUAGUUCUUCCACUCCGCUCUCGCCUGAGGUACGAGCGGGGAAACUGCCCACGCGCUCGCACACGAGUCCGACGCUGCCUGCGGGGAGGCAGGAGAAGCAUAAGCAUAGGAAGGAGAAGCGGCGCGUGUGCACGAAGUGCGCCAUGGUGAUUGAAGAUGGGCGGUGGAUCCAGAUGGAGGGCGGUAGCGUGCUUUGUGAACAGUGCUGGAAGAACAUGUAUCUGCCAAAGUGCCGUCGUUGUAACCUGACCAUUGAGAAGCAGGCUGUAUCGUCUUCUGAUGGGCAGCUGAAGGGCAAGUAUCACAAGGAGUGCUUCAACUGCCACAUAUGUCACAAACCAUUCCCGGAUAAAAGCUUCUACGUCUUCGACGGCAAACCGUUCUGCGCCUAUCACUAUCACGAAGCGAACAAGUCCCUCUGCGCUGCGGGCUCGUGCGGGCAGCCCAUCGAGGGGCCCUGCGCCGUCUCACACUCGGGGCGCCGGUACCACCCCGAUCACCUUCUGUGCGAGUAUGCGCAGUGCACCGAGCGACUUGUGGAUUAUUGGGAACUCGACGGGCGGAUGCUGUGCAAGCGGCACGUGCAGCAGGCGGUGCAGGAGUCUGCGGAGGAGAACGACGAGCUGGACGGCCUGCCGGACGUCACGCUCGAUGCGCGCGCGAUGAAGCGCACGACGCGGUUCAUCGACCUCGCCGGGUUCGGCGGCAGCGAGCUGCAAUGA